AUGACUAGUACUACAACGAAUCUUUCACAUCAGAGUCGAAAAGUUGUAACAACCGAUGAAUGGAAUAAGAAGUUAUCAGAUGUCAAAAUUGACAAAGCAGAUCUUAAUAAAUUGAUUAUGAAUUAUUUCGUAAUUGAAGGAUAUAAAGAUGCAGCAGAAACAUUUAGUCAAGAAUGUGGAUUAUCACCAAGUAUUGAUGUUGAUUCAAUACAAGAUCGAAUGUAUAUUCGUAAUGCUAUUCAAAAUGGAAAUGUUGAAGAAGCAAUUGAACGUGUAAAUGAUUUAAAUCCAGAGAUAUUAGAUACGAAUCCCAAAUUAUUUUUCCAUCUUCAACAACAACGAUUGAUUGAAUAUAUUCGACAAGGGAAAAUAGCAGAAGCAUUAGAAUUUGCUCAAGAAGAAUUAGCACCACAAUUUUUGGAAGAAUUAGAACGUACGAUGGCAUUAUUAGCAUUUGAUGAUACGGCGGUAUCACCAGUUGGAGAUUUACUUCAUUCAUCACAACGUCAACGUACAGCCAGUGAAUUAAAUGCAGCUAUUUUAACUUCUCAGAGUCAAGAAAAAGAUCCAAAACUUCCGAGUAUGUUAAAAAUUUGA